AUGGUUCCCAGCGUGAGGAAGCUGGGCUCAGUGUGCACGAUCCCCAUUCUCCAGCAUGCCCAGGCCGUGGCCAGAACGCCGCUCUCCCUGUACGCCAGUCCCUGGACGUCCCCCAUCUGGCUGAAAACCAACGGAGCCAUGACAGGCAGGGGCACGCUGAAGGGGAAGCCGGGGGACAAGUAUCACAAGACCUGGGCCAACUACUUCAUCAGGUUCCUGGACGAAUACGCCAAGCACAACCUGACGUUCUGGGCGGUGACGGCUGGGAACGAGCCCACGGCUGGAGAGAUUGUCUUCUACCCCUUCCAGUGCCUGGGCUUCUCCCCCGAGCACCAGCGGGACUUCAUCGCCCAGGACCUGGGCCCGGCGCUGGCCAACAGCUCGCACAAGGGCAUCCAGCUCAUCAUGUUGGACGACCAGCGAGUGAUGCUGCCUUACUGGGCGGAAGUGAUCCUGAAUGACCCCGUGGCCGCCAGCUUCAUCAAUGGCAUCGGCAUCCACUGGUACCUGGACUUCCUGGCUCCCAUCGACCUCACGCUGUCCAUCACCCACAACCUCUUCCCCGACUACUACCUGCUCUCCACAGAGGCCUCCACAGGGUCCUACUUCUGGGAGCCCAGGGUGGUUCUGGGCGGCUGGGACCGAGGGAGCAAAUACAGCCACAGCAUCCUGACGAACCUGAACAACUACGUCACUGGCUGGACCGACUGGAACCUGGCCCUGGACCUGGAGGGGGGGCCCAACUGGAGCAAGAACUAUGUGGACAGCCCGGUCAUCGUGGACAGCAGCAAGGAUCUCUUCUACAAGCAGCCCAUGUUCUACCACAUGGGCCAUUUCAGCAAGUUCGUCCCUGAGGGCUCCCAGCGUGUGCGGCUGGUCAUCUCCAAGAAAUGCUACAAGUGCAACCUGGAGUACGCGGCCUUCCUGCGCCCGGACGGUGCCGUCGUGCUCGUGGUCCUGAACAGGUACCCCACGGACAUGCCGUUCGGGAUCUCCGACCCAGGCGUUGGCUUCAUUGAUGCUGUGGCUCCGGCUGACUCCAUCCAGACCUACCUGUGGAGACGCUAAGGAGGAGGCCAGGGCAGGCGGGCUCGCAGCUGGGGCUGUGGGGGGAGGAAGGACACGCUCCCCUGCGUUGAUACCUCCCCAUUUAACACAGAAACCCCCAUCUCUCCAGGGAGGGACUUGGGGAUGGGUCCUACCUCACCUAGGCAGCUGGACGCUGAGUGCAGGGGACCUGAAGGAUCCAAGGGAGGCGGGAGGCUGGGCUCGGGGGGUGUGUGUGUGUCACACUGAGUGUUGUCAUCGUGCUAGGACGCACCAACCUGCUCGUAAAUGACAGACCCAGGACCCUGGGCUGAGCAAGUGCUGAGCACCGACCCACCUGGGUACCUGCCUCCCAGCCCAGGGCUCCCCCCCAGCCUUCCCCAGCCCGACGAGCCGCUUCCCAGAGCACCGGGUCCCACCGUUUUCUAGAUGUUUUAAUACAAGAAACAGG